AUGGACGACACCCCUAGGUCGGACUUCAGUAAGGCAGCAUUGCUGUCGGCAGUCCGUCAGGCCGCUGGUUCGACACCUGUACGCCGAAAUAAAAUGAGAUCUGCACUGGAUGCGAAGACGGCACCAGAUAAGGCUCGAAAACUAAUUGCGCCCACAGUCAAAUCGUUUGCGCUUAUGAGGCAGGUUUCACGCUUGGGAAUGGAUGACCCCGUAUAUACCCUAGCUGAUCGUGGGGUACCCAACCCUGCGAAUAGAAUAUACGACGACAUGAAUGUAGUUGAUGUCCCUGAUGAUGUAUUGGAGCAAAUGUCGAUCGCUUCCGAUCCAACAGCAGCUUUUGGAAACGGCAUCGAUGUCACAGUUUUUGAAAAAAGUCUAGGCGACCUGCAGCCUCAUUUCAGCAUGUCCCAAUUUUCUCAGACGGAGUCGUCAGUACCUGUCGUUCCGCAAUCUCCUUCGCCUAGGUCGAUGGCUACAAUCGGAUCCAACUCCUAUUUGUCGCAUAUUCAGCAGUCCCAAAUGCCCUCCUCCUUUCGGCGGUCGAGACCCCAAGAAAUUACAAUAAGUACGGAAGAUACGAGGAUGGAGGAUUUGGGUGCUUCCAUGCCGUCCCUCGACGUCAUAUCGCUGGAUCUUGAGGAAGCAGUCUUUGGUGGCAUGGUCCGCAAGCUAGCACGUACCGAUGAUUCCAAUACAUCACGAAUGAAUAAAAGUGCGGAUGAUAGCAUGUUGGGCGUACGAAAUUCGCGACGGGGCUGUCGUCGAGGAAAAAGCAGCGUAUCCAACAGCAUGAUGCGGGAGGCCGCCCUGGCUAUGGAAAAAGACGGAAACACAAAUCACCAAUUAAUCGCCGAUGCUCUCAACAAUUCGAUUCAAGACUUGCGCUCCGAAGGCUUGCAAGUCCGCCAUGUGCCUCGGAGAACCAAGAGCAAUCAAGAAAAGUACGAGGCCCCAGACCCCGUUUUUCCUUCCAAUAAAUCCGUCAACUCUGCUUCCAGCAAAUCUCGUACACUCCCCUCAAUUGCUAGUCUUUUCCCGGAAGAAAAUGAAAUAUUUCCCUCAAAAAUUCCACUCCGUCGCCGGGUUGGUGUGCGAGUGAUACAGCGAAAGCACAGCGGGGACACAGAUGAGGCUUUGGUAGGCAACCCAGAUCUCUUUGUGCGAUCUCUCGUGAAGGCAAUACAGUGA